UCGUACGCAGGGUUCGAAAAAUCGUUAACCAUCAACGACUGUGUUUCUUGCACUCAUUCAAAUGCUUACAAAAACUAAGAAACUUGUGAUGGCCCGUUUUAUACCAUAGUUAGUGAUCACUACGGUGAUAAAAUGUGAACGAAACUCUUUGUACGUUUUUCAAAAUAUGGAAUGUGUGAUUCCGCGGUGUUAAUCCAACGCGGCCACCGAUAUGUGGGGGAUCUUCUGGCAAUUCUUUGUUAUAUCGGCGGUUAUAUGUUAUAAUAAGCGUGUCUUCGAUUUGGCGAACCUCUCCGUUGAAAUGGUGAUUAUCAAAGCGGGAGAAAAUAAAUCGGUCGCAUGUCCAGGUGUAAGCGAACAUUCUUUGGUACAAGAACUCGAAUGGUUAUACCUUACGCAUCAUUUAAAGCUCGUAGAAUAUAUGGGAGAUAGCACCACUGUAUGGACCAAUCAACAUCGGAUAUCCCUGCUACAAGAUAGUUUUGGCCUAAGUUUCCAUCCUGCGAUGGCCGAAGAUAGUGGAAAUUACAUAUGCUUGGUGAAUAGUAGACCAAAACCUGAUGCACUGGUUCGGCUCAUUGUGCAAGAUGUGCCAGAUCCCCCUGGUAGACCGCUUAUUAUGAGCUUCACGUCUCGCUCUGUCAAUCUUUCAUGGGCUCCCACGCAGGAUACGCAUUAUAGUCCCGUUACCCACUACAUUAUCCACACUCGAGUUGGAGAGGAUGGAGAGUGGAACGUGAUUGAUGGUAUUCUGACACCUAAUAAUGAAACCAACUACCACGUAACGAAUCUUCAGCCAUAUACCGUUUACAGCUUUCGAGUGGUGGCCGUUAAUGCAAUGGGGGCGAGUACCCCCAGCAAGGAAUCCUAUUACAUGGUUACUUUGAGAGAAAUUCCCGCGGGAAAACCUACCAUCACUACCGCGCACAACACCUCCGCUACAGCGUUACACAUAAGUUGGCGGGCUCCCCAUCACGAAACCAUCCACGGAGAAUUUCUCGGCUACCGAAUAUCAUAUAGGCCAAGGGAUCACGGGGACGAAGCAAUGAAAGAAAUCUGCAUUCGGGAUCCAUCAGCCGAGAGCCACAAUAUUGAACACCUGGAGACUUACACUCAAUAUUUGGUUUCACUUCAAGUGUUCAAUCCUGAAGGAAACGGACCACGAACAACGGUGCUGGUAAUGACCGACGAAGGAGGUUCGUAG